ACGAGCGAUGGCGUACGGAUAACCAAGACCGUACUUGAACAGGAUCAUUUCUAUAGUGCAGUCAUCUUUACUUUGUUUUCCAAAGUAGACGAUACCAAUAACUUUGAGGAUCGGAAGUGACCCCCUCCGUUGACUCGGGAUGUCGGCGCACGUGCUGUGGACGCAAGUCCGGGUCGUGGCUGUUGAUGAACGUCCACUGUUGCUAUUCCAAGACAGUGUGAGCGGAGGCGGGUGUUAUGAGAAGUUAUUGGUAUCGAUUUAUUCGUUUUUCCCCGUCCUUAAUUCAUGAUACACAUGUGCUGCUCAUUGUCCCCACCCACAUCACGUACUGUAACUGUGUGCUGCUCAAAGUCCAUUGAUAGACUCCGUUAACGUUAAAUGGAUUUGGCCAAAUAAUACUACUGCUUCGAGGUAGUAACUACUCUGAAGUAGUUAGUUUUCUUUGGCGUAUUUCGAGGGGUCCGCAAGGAUAAAUAUGUACUUCGAAGUACUACGUAGUAGUAUUGUCGGCGCCGUCACAAUCCGGUUAACUAUUAUCCGAACACUGGCAAGAAGAUCAGCCCCAAAUUCAGGCCCCAUUUCUAUCCUAGAUCAUCAUCAUGAGCGUGUUCAACCUCACGGACAGUAUCACGUGUCAUGCGUGGAAUCGAGACCGCUCCAAGGUGGCCAUCUGUCCCAACACUAACGAGAUAUGGAUCUACUCCAACUGCCAAGCGGUGGACGUGGCGCAAUGGCGCAAGGAGGCCGUGCUGACAGAGCACGACAUGGUGGUGAGCGGCCUAGACUGGUCCCCCGUACACGAUAUGCUCGUGUCGUGCUCGCACGACCGAUCUGCAUUUGUAUGGAAGUACGAGCCGAGUGAACGCAAGUGGAAGCCGUCGCUCGUGGUGCUUCGCAUCACCCGCGCUGCCAUGACCGUCAAGUGGAGCCCUAAUGGCAAGAAGUUUGCGGUCGGCAGUAGCGCCAAGUGUGUGUCAGUGUGCUACUACGAGCAGGCGGAGAACUGGUGGAUUAGCAAAGUCAUCAAAAAGCACAAGUCCACGUACGCUUCGAUCUUGUUCCCCUUAUCAUCAUCGUCGCAUUGCCAUCCAAUUUGUCAUCGUAGGGUGGUCGAUGUGGACUGGCAUCCCAACUCGCAGCUCCUCCUCACCGCGUCCACGGACAUGCAAUGCCGCGUCUUCGCCGCAUACGUUCCUGACGUCGACGGAGCGCCGGACGCCGGUCCGUUCGCGGCGAUGGCGCCGUUUGGUGAGGUCAUGGCCGAAUUCGACAAUGCCAACUCGUGGGUAACCGCGGCCGUGUGGUCGCCAUCGGGCACGCGCUUGGCAUUUACUGGUCAUGGCUCAUCCAUUCAUUUCGUGCAUUUUGGUCGCCCUGGCGAAGUGCCCACGUUGCAGACGGUUCGGUUUUCGCAUUUGCCGUUGACGCGACUGUUAUUCUUGUCAAACGAUGCCGUGGUCGGCUGUGGCCAUGACUUCAACCUGCUCCUCUUUACGACAUCCCCGCAAGGCUUUUGGUCGUUCUCGGAGUUUCUCGACAAGAAGAGCGCGGCGACCACCGCCUCCAAGGUGGACAAGAGCGAGUUCAACAACGUGCGCAAACUGUGGGACAGUAAAGUGAGCCGUGGACAGUCGGCCGAAGCCACGUCGGGCGACAAGGGCGCGCUCUGGACGAAACACGAAAACACGAUCACGAGCAUCCAAGUGUUGAAGAAGGCGGCGUCGAAUGGCCAUGUGACAGAGUUUUCCACGUCGGGCUUGGACGGUCGUGUGGUAACGUGGAACGUGAACAGCCUCAACUUGGACUUGGCCAAGCUGCGCCUCUAAACCAGCAAGAUGACCAUCACAUGACCAAGUAGUUACCAGACGAGAUCAGGACUUCAAUGCUAGAGAACAAGAAUACAAGUGUAGCUGCGUUUGCAUUGAAGAGACUUCGUUGCGUUCGUAGGAU